GCUGAACUUGCGCAAACACAUUUGUCGGUCAUUCCGAAAAAUAUCAUCGAACCAAAUACUAGCGCGGGGGUUUACAAAUUGCUCCUUGCGAUCACGUUUCGACAACAAUGUCAACCCAAGAGGGACCGGCCUCGCCCUCUCAUGCAAUCAACACCUACCAUUGCAUCUGCAGCCAAACUCUUCUCGCGACAACAUAUAACCUCUCAGACCUUCCUCGACGGCAACAUUCUGGACUCGAUAAAGCCUUGAUACUUCCUCUGAAAUCUCUCAAUGCGGACGCGACGAGCAAUCCUAAGUCUUCAGGUAUAGCGGCGGCCGAGGCUGGAACCGCAGGUGAUGCGGAAGGCGAGGAUGAGGAGGAUGACAAGCAGUCGGGAGAUACUCAGAGCGUGUUUGUCAAUACCGUGAUCUCACCCAAGGCGCUCGUGGUGCGCCGCGAAGAUGGCUUCGAGAAGCGGGUGCUGUACCGCUGCGGUCGCUGCAGAGUUGCUGUGGGAUAUGUGCUAGAGGGCGAACGAAAAGUGGUAUACCUUCUUCCCGAGGGCUUAGUAAGGACCAAAGAGAUGCUGGAAGAGAAAGGCCCCGCGAAUGAGAUAGAAAAGAUGAUUCCUCUGAUAGCUUGAUGGCAUUUGGUCCAUAUUGGCCAGGUAGACAAACGGACUAGGAAAAGCGAUCGGAAAGAAGCAGCUUUUCCCAGAACAUCUGCGUCCUCUAUAGGAUUUAUAAACAUCUGUUGAUUGGGAGUUAUGGGCAGGAUAUCAUACAAGGUCUUUUCUGGCGUAACGAACGACCUACUAGCAAGGCGCUUCAGGAGUUCUUAUGAUUUGCAUUAGGCGUAGGCCAUCUUCAAGCAUAUCACCAAUGAAAGAAGAGAAAGCCAAGUCAUUUGGAAUUCAAGCUGCUUUGGGCUAGAGCUAGGAAAAAGGGCAAAUGACCCUUAUCUACAGAAGUUGUGAGGUGGACUGUAACCAUGAUAUUAUGCGACCGCUAUGUAUCCAGACACCGGCGGCCACGAAAAGAGACCGCUCUGACUGAAAAGAAACCC